CCGGCGGGCGGGCUCAGCUAGGCGAGCUGGGCGAGGCCAGGGAUAACUGACGGGACUGGGGUAGGGCUGGAGAUGGUGGAACGCUAGACUACUACGUAGAGUCCAGAGGUGCGGGCACAAUGACUGUGCAAGGGGCCAGGGAAAGAUGACUGGCAGCUCGAGGACGGGGAAGGAGGGAGGAGACGAGGGACGUAGGUGAGUAGAGUGAGGCAGGUGGCGGGAACUAGAAUAACGGCCGCCUGUGGGGGGGGGCCCAAGAGGCCAUGAGUGACAGCCAGAGGGGUCGGCCUCAAACGUCUCCCCUGCAACUCUGCGAGGAAUUCCUCUUCCGGCUGAACAACGCGGGCUUCGCUCACUUCGUGCCCCAGGUGUGGUGGUGCAGAGAUAACAGACCUGCAGGAAGGAGGUUUCCAUCUUCCAGGCCACCAGCGGUCUCGUCCCGUCCCAAUGAAAUCCAUCCGAGGGCGUCCACCUGCUCCUGAUCGCGCCACGGGAUCGUUCCUAGGGCCGGGAAACGCGCCACUAGCGACCGCUCCCGUGGUAGCCCUGGUUCGGCGUCGGUUCUGAGCCGGCCCUCCUGUCUACAGUUGCAGAAGCGCUUUCUGGACUGGUCCCUGCUGGAUCUGCGGAUCUUCGCACGACGUCCUCCGAGCCUGCGCUGCCGUCCGGGCACCUUCAUGCUGGCGCUGCCCGUCGCCUGAAGGCCGCAGUGUCCCGGAAUCACAGUGUCCCUGCUGGGAGUCAGCUUUCCAGCUGGGCCCCUUGCCGUGAGUGGUGUGUAAUGCCUCAUCUGGAGCCCACCUUGUGCCCACCAAGGUUCCCACGGAAGACUCCUACUCCUAGGCCCCAGCACACCUGAGUGACCUGCUUUAUGGGAGAGUCUGACUAUUUCCAGGUUCCAGACCUCAAGACGCUGCUGGGCAUCGCCCUCUACGCAGUGGUGCUGCCCUAUAUCAACCUUGAGCCGCCGGGGAGCCUGCCAUCACCCCAUCACCCUCAGCCCUGGGGCCGGCUUCCCAAACAGAUGUUCCUUGUCACAGCACUGCUCCACAUCUGGAGCCUGGCAUUCCCGCAGAGAUGGGGGUGGGAGACGGUAGAGAAGAACAGAGGGUCAAGUUCUCCAGGGUCAAGUUCUCCCUUGGGAGGCCCUUGUAAUGGAUGGGGAAACUGAGGCCCAGAAAUGGAGCCACUUAGUCACGAGUGUGGCAGCAGUAAAGCCUACACUUGCCCUCACCCCAAUGCAGCCAGCACCCACCUGCCCCUGGAAAGAUCUGACAAGACUCAAGGUGUGUCCUCCCCAGGUUGCCUGAGGGAGGGCCUUACCUCAUCUUCUGUCCUUAGGGCUAAUCUUCAGGACACCCUGGACAGCAUCCAAGGGACCCGGGUCGCGUUCUGGCUUCCGCUGAGCCGCACGAUGUCCUUUAGAGCUGCCUGGAGCUUGGUGCUGAGGAAAGGAGGACUUGGAAUGCGAGGGAUCCACAGCCCGGGAGGCACUGCCCACGGCAAGGAGAAGAUGCCCCCCUACACCAACUACCAUGCCCAGCGCUCCUACCCCAUGCCCGAUGAGCCCUUCUGCACGGAGCUCAACGCAGAGCAGCAGGCCCUGAAGGAGAAGGAGAAGGGCAGCUGGACGCAGCUGAGCCACGCUGAGAAGGUGGCCUUGUACCGGCUCCAGUUCCAUGAGACCUUCACAGAGAUGAACCGUCGCUCCAAAGAGUGGAAGACAGUGUUGGGCUGUGUCUUCUUCUUCUUUGGGUUCACAGGUCUGCUGAUUUGGUGGCAGCGGGUCUAUGUGUUCCCUAAGAAACCCAUCACCCUGAUGGAUGAGUGGAAGGCCCAGCAGCUCCAGCGCAUCCUGGACAUGAAGGGCAACCCCGUGCAAGGCCUGGCCUCCCGGUGGGACUAUGAAAGGAAGGAGUGGAAGAAGUGACGUGGCAUCCCAGCUGCUCGCGCUGCAGCUCUGCC